CAUCAUCAUCAGCUCGAUAGAAAAAGAAAGAAAUUAAAAAGAAAAUCACGGCGCGUGAGCUUGCAGAGACAGCAAUGGUGAGAGUUGGUGCCGCCGCGGCGGUGCUCGUGCUGGCGGCGGCGGCGGCGGCCAUGGCCGCCGAGCCGCCCACCGAUGACGGCGCGGUCCGGGUGGCGGCGGGGCUGACGAAGUGCGUGUCCGGGUGCGGUAGCAAGGUGACCUCCUGCUUGCUCGGCUGCUACGGCGGCGGCGGCGGCGCCGCCGCCGCCGCGACGGCGAUGCCGUUCUGCGUCAUCGGCUGCACCAGCGACGUCUUGUCCUGCGCCACCGGCUGCUCCACCUCGCUCUGAUUAAGUACUAAUGAAGUAAUUAACCGCGCUAAUUAAUAAUAAAUCGCACCUACGUAUGCCACAUGUGGACUCGCUUGACUAAUUAAAUACUGCCAUGCGAAUGCGAUUAGUGGAUUAUGAAAAGAGGAAAUGUAAGAACUCAUGGCUCUCUCUGUGCCAUGCCUGUACUGCAUUGAAAUGAAUCUGCAUGCAGCCAUGAACUGAUAUACAAAUACGACCAUGUUACCUGUAAUCUCUCCAUCAUGUGGGGCUUUCAUGCUUUAAUAACGUGUGAUAUUGAUAUUAUGUGAUUAA